GCUAAGCAAGAAGGAGCUAGCUUAGAGAUGGCGAACGGCAAGCUCGCGGUCCUGGCCAUGCUGGCGAUCAUCCUGCUGCUGCAGGCGUUGGGCGGCGCCGUCGCCCGUCACCACCACGGCGCCAAGCGGCCAGACCGGUGCGACGGCGGCGGCCACGACGCCAACGAUGACUCCGUGCUGAGCAUUCUGCGGCACAGGGAGCGCCACCGCUGCCGCCCGUCGCCGGCACGCCAUGGCACCCCUGCCGUGAUGACGGCGAACGGGUUCCAGAGGGGCCAGGACGGCGGCGGGCCAGCGGCGUGCGACGGCAAGUUCCACAGCGACCACGACCUUGUCGUGGCGCUGUCCACGCGGUGGUACGCCGGCGGGCGCCGCUGCCACGGCGCCGGGAUCCGCAUCACGAGCAAGCACAGCGGGCGCUCCGUGGUGGCCAGGGUCGUGGACGAGUGCGACUCCAGGCGUGGGUGCAAGAACAACAUCGUGGACACCUCCGCCGCCGUCUGGAAGGCGCUGGGACUCGACGUCAGCAUCGGCGAGGCCCCCGUCACCUGGUCCGACGCCUGAGUUCUGUCUGACCCAUCGAUCGAGUCAAGUGUCAGUGUCAGUGUCAGCGUCAAGUGUCGUUGCUAAUUAAUCAGCUAAUCUCGAUUAGGUUUCCUUGGUCGAGAAGCAGAAUAAACUAAUCUUGUCUGUGGAUGGUAGGGCGGAUUUAUCCUGCAAGGGUGUCCAAAUCUCAGAUGUACCUGCUGUCGUGGUCAGUCUCUGUUCAAUGUUGGUGUGUUCUGUUAUGGAAUAACUAAGUUGUUCUAUUAUUAUUC